AUAGAUCCUCUUACAAUUCUGUUAUAAAUACAAGACGAGUUGCGCUGUGAACUUAUUCAUCUUUGUGAUUUACCAAGAUGCCAGCCAAAGUUGCAGGAAAGAAAGGCGAGAAAAAAGCCGGAAAGGCCAAAGCCAUUACUGAUGGAAAGAAGAAGAGGAGAGGAAAGAGAAGGGAAAGCUAUGCUAUCUACAUCUACAAGGUGUUGAAGCAAGUUCACCCUGACACUGGUAUCUCCAGCAAAGCCAUGGGCAUCAUGAACUCGUUCGUCAACGACAUCUUCGAGCGCAUCGCCACGGAAUCUUCUCGCCUUGCCCACUACAACAAAAAGUCGACCAUCAGCUCUCGCGAGAUCCAGACUGCUAUCAGGCUGCUUUUGCCCGGUGAACUGGCUAAACACGCCGUGAGUGAAGGAACUAAGGCCGUAACCAAGUACACCAGCAGCAAGUAAACUAACUUUGUGGGUUUUCCGCCAAAACAAACGGCUCUUUUAGGAGCCACCACAUGAUAUUAAAGUCAAUGAUCAACACAGUUUCCAACUGUGUUCGGUUUAUUGCUUCUAUCUCUUUAUCUGUUGGCGCCAUUCGCCCUUGCGCAAAAUAUCAUCGAUCGAGCGCAAAUUUGUUUCAGCAUGAUGCUAACAAUCAAAUGUGCGCUCGAUCGAUUUAUGUCGGCCAUACUUCUCUAUAGCACGAUUGCUGUGCCCACAAUUAACUUCAUAGUCUUCAUAUAUCCCAAAAUGAUUUGUAUCGACAUUAAAAAAAAAAGUUUCCCGAUAACUUUAUUUUCUGCGUGUCAAAUUAAGUAAUGCCUUUUUUCGGAGUCUUCUAAAUUCCGCGCAAGCUAUGCUGUUUUUUUUCGGUUGCCGUUGAAGCUCAAAGAGCACGAAAAACCUUAAAGCUACACCAGUACCUAUGUGUUGACUGUAGAGAUCCCUGCGCGCUGUCAGGAAGGGCCUGUUUUCAAUUUAAAACUUUCCCUUUUAUGAGUAAACUGCCAAUGAUUUCUACGCAGAAAGGAACUUCUUUCUUGCGUGACUAAUAAAAGAGAGCGUGUGUGUCAUACAAAUGAGAGGUAAACAGGCCGAACCAAGGAGGGCUGCGCGUUGUCAAAUUAAAAUGCAAUAAUUCUAUACGUUUAGAAGCUUUCAAUUAAUGCAGAAGAUGUCUUGCGGUAGGUUUCCAGUUUGUGUGCUUUCAGUCUCCUUCGCAGUCGUUCCUUUGAGACGUCACGUAACGCCCUCCUCUACCACAGAGAACUCCCCAAAAAUGGCUGUUAAGGUGAAUAUAGUGUCCCUGAUACUAGCUUUUAUCAAUGGCGGUUUUCAAGCCGCGAAUGGCGCAGCCAUGAGAGGCGCGAGGAUGGAAUACACUUUCCUGUUCGCGACUUCAUCACUCAAUUUUCGCGGUUUUGCCGCUCAUGGCAUUUUAGCUCACCCUAAACCACCAGCUUAGUAGGCUUCUCCAGUUUGUGAGUAAGGUAAAAAGCCUUAAAUCCUCUUUGAACGAAAGAAAACAACGAUUCCAAGUCAUCGCAGAUAAAAGAUAAAUUCUUGAACACGAAACGCGUUUAACCGCGCAAU